GUGGUCUUCCCGGACCCCCAAACACACAGGCAGGUUAGGGCAGGUGACAGUCAGGUUUACAGACAGUCACAGACAGACCAACAUUUCAUUUGGUUCAGCACCAGUCACUGUGACUGCGCCAAGCUUAGAUAUGUUAUCGUUUCAGGUUUUACGUCGUUUGUGCCUGUUUGGAGUCACUAAACCGGUUUCCCAGGGUGGAGUGAUCCCAGUAUGUGGACUUAAGACUUCAACCGUCAAUCACAGUCACGAACAACCUGAUCCAGCGUCAGUUGUGACAUACGAACAGCUCAAAGCUAUGCUGGCCAAUCACAGCGUACAGCUAUUUGACGUCAGAAAUCCAGAUGAAUUCCAGGCUGGUCGGAUUCCUAAUUCCAUCAACAUUCCAUUGGGACAGCUUGAGGAGUCACUAAAGCUCCCACCACAACAGUUUCAACUGCAGUUUAAGGUGAAAGCCCCCCAAAAGGAAGAUGAUGACAUAGUUUUCCAUUGCCGAAGUGGGAAAAGGAGUUUGUCUGCUCUCGAAAUUGCUCAUCGUCUAGGAUUCUUGAAGGCACGGCAUUAUGCGGGCGGAUACAUUGAUUGGGAAGAACAUGAGAAAAAGUAAUGGUACUAACUGGGCAGCAUUUUUAAUUAAAUUAACUUCAUAUUACUGUAAUAAUCAUAGAUCUGGACCAUUAAUCUGGAAAUACAAUUUGAAAAUAAAUUUGAAAUAAAAUAAAUUUGAAGUAAAUUUGAAUUGACUUAAUAUUAGUGUCGAUAUUCAUAUAUUUUGAAUGGUUCAUCUAUUGUUAUUAUUAAUCAAACUUAAUAAAACCAAAUAAUGGAUGGAGAAAAGUACUUUAAAUAACAGCUGCAUCUGACUGAAUUAGAAGAAUUUAAAAGGGAUUGGACUGUAAAAACCAGUGUGAAUAUAAUAUAUAUUUACAAAUGUGCUUCAUUAGAAUAUUUCUUAAUAUGUCUCAUUGUAUGUGAAUAACACUCUAUGUAAAUUCCACCUAUUUCAACUUAUAAACUUGCUGCCUUCAUUUUUAAGUAUAAUCAACUUUGGUUGUACAAGUCAUUUCAAAUUGAAUUAUAUCAAACUGACUUGGAUCUCGAAUAAAUAAAAAGCUUAAAA